CUGUAUUGUUCACUCGUGCAUAAGGCCUGUUCCUCACAUCGUAUAAAAGUCUCGGAAUUUUUUGAUAUUACAUCAGAAAUUUCUAAAUCUCGUAACCAGCAAGUCAAGAUGGCAGCAGCACCUGAAUGGCUGACACACGAUUACAUCAAGCAGGCCCUAAGAAUUCAUUAUAAAGAUGCCAAUUUACAAGUUGUGCAAUUGGAAGUGAAUCCGGCUUUGGGGCCGGGUGAGAACUACGGAGGUGUCUUGACGAGAGUGCGAGUGGAGUUUACACUCUCUCAGCAAUCAGAAAAUAUGCUACAACAGAACCUGAUCGUUAAGACAGCCAUUGAUGAUGAUGAACUAACAAGAGAGUUAAUGGAACCCUAUGACAUAUUCAACCGGGAAAUGAACCUUUAUGAGGAGGUUUUACCCAAGCUCACUGAACUUCUAAAGGAAACUGACGGGUUUGAGCCCCUUUUUCCCACCGCCGUCUUUGUGGAUCGCGAGCGCUCGGCUAUAAUCUUUGAGGAUCUGUCCGUGGCAAACUAUGUUAUGGCUGAUCGUGUCAAGCGAUUGGAUAAGGAACAUGUUUAUUUAAUCCUUCGAAAACUGGCCAAAAUGCAUGCCACUUCAGCGGUUUUCAAUGAACGCAAUGCGGGCAACCUGGAGAAAUACGAUCGAGGGUUCUUCAAUCGUUAUACAAACGCCUACAGUGGGUACUUUGUGGGUGGUCUUUUGGCCGCCGCUCGCUGGAUGAGCCAGGAUCCGGAAUGUGCUUCAUAUGCCCAAAAGCUGUUUGAGUUGGCCCCACACUACAUGGACAUUGGUCGCGAGUGUUUUGCUCCACUCCAUGAAUCCGUGAAUGUGCUGGCACAUGGAGAUGUCUGGACCAAUAAUGUUAUGGUCAAAUACGAUGCCACUACGGGACGUCCAGUUGAUAUACUCCUUAUUGACUUUCAAUAUUCCUUCUGGGGAUCACCCACGAUCGAUUUACACCACUUUUUCAACACAUCACUGAGAGAGCCACUGCGUAGAAAAGAGCAGGGAGAUCUUUUCAAGUAUUAUCACAGCAUUUUCACAGAUACUCUUAAAAAAUUAAACUACAAACUUAAUCGUAUACCCAGCUUGCAUGAGUUUCAGUUGCAGGCCGAGCAGAAACGUUUCUUCGCUAUGCACUCGGCAGUUGUUGUACAGCCUGUGAUGAUCAGCGAGGACUCGACGGAUGCGUGUUUCAAUGCUCUCAUGAAUGAUGAUGAGCGUGGCAUUCGCUUUAAAAACCGCCUCUACAAUAAUCCCAUAGUUCAACAGAAUCUCAAGGCAUUGAUGCCAAUGUUUUAUCAAAAGGGUUUACUAGAAGUUAAUCAAUGCUGCUAAGACAGGAUUAAAUAUUCAAAUUUCUAUUGUUAGUUGUUAUAUAUAAGAAUAGACGAUAAUUAAAAUUGUUAACAUUAA